AUGCAUUCAGUUGCAGCAGCAUUAUUUUCCACAACAAUGAGGCUUAGACUUGUACGAAGUUUGUAUAUUAUUUUGUUAUGCACUGUUUUUGCACUCUACAUCACAAUGCAAUAUUAUUCUGAAUCAAGAGAGAAAAAUCUAUUGACGCUAAAAAAUACAUUAGAAGAUUUCCGUGAAAAACCAAAAGGUGUACUAUCAAUGCCUUGGCUCGCCGAUAUUCCAGCUGGUCAACAAUGGUCUACUGAUAAGCCAACACCGGAUUCGAGAGGUAUUCAUUCCCAAUUACCUACCAAUAAAUUGAAGGCAACAAUUGAUUUUGGCAAGAGUAAACAUUUAAACAUUGAAACAUUUCAAGCUCCAGUAUGUCCUAAAAUUGACAAUGAUUAUUCAGUAAAUACAACAUAUCAAAUGAAUAAUAUUUAUAACCAGUUGGCAUUUGAUGAUCAACCCGGCGGUGUGUGGACUCAAGGAUUUCCGAUUGAAUAUAAAAUGGAUCAGUGGAAGGAUCAACCAUUAGAAGUUUUCAUUGUACCGUUUUCACAUCACGAUCCAGGUUGGAUUAAAACUUUUGAAAGAUACUUCGUCACUGAAACAAAGCCUAUUCUAGAUGCUACGUUAACGACAUUAAGCGAAAAGGAAGAAUCUAGGUUUGUCUAUUCCGAAGUGUCGUAUUUAGAUUCAUGGGUAAAUACUUUAUCAGAGGAACAAAAACAAGCUUUCAAAAGAUUGUUGCUCAAUGGACAUUGGGAAAUUGUUUCAGGUGGCUGGGUUAUGCCAGAUGAAGCAGUUACGCAUUAUUAUCCGAUUAUUGAUCAAUUUAUUGAAGGUCACCAUUGGUUAUUAGAACAUUUUGACUAUCGACCAAAUGUCACAUGGGCUAUUGAUCCGUUUGGACAGAGUUCAACAAUGCCAUAUAUAGCGAAAAAACUUGGUUUCUCUCAAAUGAUUAUUAAUCGUGUACAUUAUGAAGUCAAAAAGUAUCUUGCUAGUCGUAAAGCCUUGGAAUUUAUGUGGCAUCAACCGUGGGAUACUGUCGGUUCCCACUCUAUCUUGGCGCAUAUGUUUCCAUUCUUUUCAUAUGAUGUUCCUCAUACAUGUGGUCCAGAGCCUGCAGUAUGCUGUCAGUUUGAUUUUAUUCGAAUGGAAAGGUACAGUUGCCCAUGGAAAAAAUCACCGGUCCCCAUAGAUGAUUCAAAUGUUGCUGCUCGAGCUGAUAUGUUAGCUGACCAGUACAGGAAAAAGGCUACAUUAUUCAAUAAUAGUGGUCUAGUUUUAAUCCCAUUAGGCGAUGAUUUUCGUUAUCAAUCAACACAUGAAUGGAAUGUUCAGUUGGAUAAUUAUAAUAAAUUAAUUCAACACAUCAAUUCAAAUCCUAGCUAUAGGAUGAAAAUACGUUUCUCUACAUUAUCCAAUUAUUUUCAUGCAUUAAAUGAACGAGUAAACAAAAUGAAUUUAACACUUUCUGCAUCAUUUCCAUCAUUAUCUGGUGAUUUCUUUACUUAUGCAGACCGACAACAUGACUAUUGGACUGGAUAUUACAAUUCAUAUCCUUAUGAAAAAUUUUUAUCACGUUUAUUAGAAUCUGAGUUAAGAACAGCUGAAAUACUUUACAGUUUUGCUAGACAAAGUGUUGGUCGUAUACAAAGCGUGGCUCAAUUAAUACCAUUAAUUGCGAAUCUUUAUCAGAAUCUUACAACAGUUCGACGUAAUCUUGGUUUAUUUCAACAUCAUGAUGCAAUACCUGGUACAGCACGACCAGAAGUAAUGCUUGAUUAUUCAGAAAGAUUAUUGAGAGCUGUCGAUGCGGCACGAAAAGUUAUUACAAUCUCCAGUGCUUAUCUGCUACUAUUACCAUCAAUGUUAAAAUCAGAUAUUGAGUUUUCGAAUAGACGACGUCUACCUGUCUCCAGUCAGUUUAAACAAACGUUAAUUCAGUUAAAUGAUGAAUAUGAGAGAAAAACCGAUAAUAGCAAUGAUAAUAUUUUACAUGGUUUCUAUUCUCUAGAAGAUAAUUUACAUCAUCAUCAAUAUUCAGAGCCAAUUUUAAUUGAUUUCUUUGAGAAUAAUGGUAAUGCUGAUGUUGAAAAUACUCGUCGUAUUUAUAUUUUCAAUCCGUCGACUCGCAAUCAUAGUAAAAUAAUCACAUUACAUGUGAAAAGUCGUCUAAUGAAUUUUACAGCUAAACAGAUUAUUUCAAAUUCUAUGGAAAUAUUGGAUCAUCAGUUAAAUAUACAAUUAGAGCAUAGUUCAACAAAUGUACCAAAUGAUUUUCAACAUGAACAACAACAUGUUAGUUUGUUAUAUUUAAGUCCAGUUAAAUUAUAUCCUCUGUCAUUUACAUGUAUUGAAUUGAAAUUAACAUCAAUGCCAACGUCAUCUUCUAUGUUACAAGUAAAUCCACAAUUAAUACCAGUUAUAAAUGAUGCUGAGAUAUUAGUUCAUAAAAGUCGUCCUCAACUUUUCAUAGAGAAUGAUUAUAUUCAAUUGGAAUUUGAUUCUAAAACUGGUUAUCUUCAAAAAAUGUUGAAUAAAUUAACUGGACAAUCUGUGGAGAUGAAAAUUAACUUUAUGCAAUAUAAAAGUUCAGAAGGUGAUUCACAUAGUGGCGCUUAUUUGUUCAUCCCUAAUGGAGUAGCUGAACCUUCACCAAAUCCAAAAUCGUAUCGUUACACUAAAGGUAAUUUAGUGGAUGAAGUGAUAGUUUACACGCAGUAUGUUACACAUAAAGUUCGUUUGUACAAAUCAUCUGGUUUACAAUCACAGUUCAUUGAGAUUGAGAACAUUGCCAACAUAAAAGUUAGUCGUCCUACUGAUAUUGACAUAUUUAUGACAAUACAAACUAAUCUUUUGAAUAAAGAUCGAGUAUUCUAUACCGAUUCUAACUGCUUCCAGUUUAUUCAAAGACAGUAUUAUGAUAAAAUUCCUUUGCAAGGGAACGUUUAUCCAGUAGCAUGCGGCGCUUAUAUAGAACAAGAAAUGAAUGACAGUGAUGAUAGAAGCCAUACGAAACAAUAUCAACGAUUAAAUUUAUUCACUUCACAUCCUACUGGUGUAGUCAGUCCUAAAGUUGGUCAAAUCAAUGUAUGGAUUGAUCGUCGAUCUUCACGAGAUGAUUCACGUGGUGUUCAAUCGAAUUUGCAUGGUGAAUGGAUUGUAAAAUCACAAUUACAUUUAUUUACCGAAAUAAUUUCAGUUGAUAAAACUCAGAAAAUAGCUAUUCCAAGUUUGUCUAUAUUUUCCCAACAAAUAUUAAAUGAUCUAUUAAGACCAAUACAUAGAUUUUAUGUAAAUCAACCCGAUUUAAAUAAUUUACUUGUAACAGAAUAUAGUUUAAUACCUAAAUCUGGUCUACCAUGUGAUUAUGAAUUAGUAACAAUGAAAACAUUUCAUAAUAUAAAGAUACCAAUAAAGUUUCAUGCUGCACCGAAUACUCAAGUUGGUGUGAUUUUACGACGUCAUGCACCAGUUUGUUAUGCUAGAAAUUUACCGAAAAUUGAUUUUUACUCAGAAUGUUUCAAUAAUAAUGUUGGACAAAAUGAACUUAAUAUACAUGAAUUAUUUGGUUCAAUUCAAUUAAAAUAUGCAAUACAAACUAAUCUGACUAUGAUUCCAUCAUUGGUCUCUUCUAUGAUUGAUGAUAAUAAUAGAUAUCAAUCAAGUAAAAUGAAUCGCAUUCAUGUGAAGUCAAUGGAAAUUGAAGCAUACUAUCUUGUUUAAUUCAUUAUUCUUAUAUGUAUUCUUGUUAACAUUUUUAAACUUGCUUCUUUUUUUAAAAAAAAAUCCAUAGUUGUGUUGAUUUUGUUUUUCUUGUUUUGUGGAAAAUAUUCUUUCUUGAUUUUUGUUUGUUUGUUUGUUUUAAAACUGUCCCAUGGUACGUGCUAAUCUUCCGCCAACUAUCUCUCCUCUCCUGUGAAUGUCAACACCAUAUGUUUGUGUAUAAUAAUAGUAAUAAUCAUAAUGGUAAUAAUGAUGUUGAUAAGAUUGUACAAAAUCACUCAUUUAUGUUUGACUUUUGUAAUAUGAUGACGGGAUUUUGUCUUUCCUAUAUAUAUGCAUUGUUAUUACAUCAGUCUUUCCUCUAAUGCUCAUGCUUAAAAUAUGUAUGUGAUGUAUGAUAAUUAGGAAUACUUUUACAUUUGUGUUUGUUUUUUUUAUUUAUUUUCUCGCUCAAUGUAUUACUGAAUUGUUGAUCACUUUAUAAUGAUACUUAUCUUUUAUGAUUGUUUUAUUCGGAAAAAAAUUUCUACUUUAUUGUGUUA